AUGUCGGUCCUCUCAGUCGCUGCGCUUCGGAUCCUCCCACACCACCUUUUCGCUUUCCCCCAGCCAGUCAGCGUGGACGACACCUCGGAUUGGCCAGCGACAAGCCGCCAAGCAGACAAAGACGUGCAAGGCACAGGCCGCCGCACUGCCGCCUGUGGCUCAAAGCGCGCGCUCUGGCCCGGGGCUACUUGGUCACUUGGCUCGCAUUGCAAUUCUUCUGUUGAUCUUUUGGUCUUCGAAUGGGAGACCAGAGACUGGAGAACGGGCGGCAGUAGGUCAAAGAGCAUGCAUACAUACGGUAUCUUAGGAUGCCUCUUGCUGUCGGACGUGGGACGUGGUGCAGCAAGGUCCAUGCUGCUCACCUCGUUCGUGCCUCGUCCCCCUCCCGUGUUCAGCAGGCGCAAAUCCUUUCUGCACAUCGCAUCUGACAGUGGCCCGCGCAUCGUACGAAUCCGCGAGUGGCCUGACUAG